CUCUGUCACCUCAACUCAGCUGCUCUCCGCCACUUUGACGCCCUUUUCACCGGCUCUCAGACCGGCAGACGCCAACUUCUCCUCGACUGCCUGCGCCAACUCGAGCAGGUCGGCCUGCCCGUCAACGUCUACUCGACGGCGACGGCGACGGCGAGUAUCAAUCGGCGCAGGCCUGUUGGUCAACUGGCCAAUCACAAUGCGUCUGUUCGUAGACUCGGUCAGACUGUCAUGACGCCCGACACCGGAUGCAUGGAUGGACAGACGUGCGGACAUUCGCCAAAUCUACUGCAGGUCUACUUUGCUCGUCUGUUCACCAGCGACCUACGCACAACACCGUCGACCAGCCACAUUCGCCACAUUCUCGAGGCAAUGGCGAGUGCGGCAAUCGAGGCCGCCUCCAAGAGCAACCCUCUCGCCAAUUAG